GGUGACUCUAUAUGACUCUCUCAACAUCACUUAUUUGGCUGAGAGCUCUUAGAGGAACUAUAUAUGGAAUACCACUAACAUGGAGGCUAGCAAACACUGGCUAAUACUAAUAUGCUGGCUGGUAAUCACAUUUCUGAUCGGCUUUGCAGUGUGCGUGCUGGAUGUAAAUUUCAGGAAGAAACAUCCAUGCAUAAUCAUAGAGAGUAACAUUACUGUUAAGUUUAUAUGCCACAACCUAGAAUUAAAAUCCAUGCCCACAGUUUUUGAUAACACCACCAUGCUUGAUGCAUCUGAGAAUGAAAUAAAAAACCUAACAGCGGAUCCAUUGAAAGACCUGCAAAAACUGAAAAUUCUCAAUCUAAACUGGAUGAACAAGAAAGACCCUGUGAACAUCACCAAGGGGGUUUUUGCAAAUUUGUCAAACCUGAAAGAAUUGAACCUUAAUGGAAAUAGACUGUUAGGAGUACCUGCACAGCUUCCAAAGUCCCUGACAAAACUGGCACUGGACAAGAACAACAUUCUCUCACUAAGUCGCAGAGACUUUUCACAAUUAACAAACCUUACCCAUCUUUAUAUGUCCAAAAAUUGCUAUUAUGGGAAUCAUUGUGGUCACUCUAUGGCUUUAGUUAUUGGUAAUGGAACAUUUUCAAGCUUGGAUAAGUUACAACAUCUGGAUUUGUCAUAUAAUAACCUUAGUCAUGUUCCCAGAUAUUUGCCUGUCUCCUUAGUAACGCUUGAACUCGGUUCCAACAUGAUAUCGUUCAUCGGAGAAGAUGAUUUCAAAGAACUCCCAAAUCUCAAAACCCUUAAAAUCCAGGGAAAUUGUCCACGCUGUACCAAUGCUCCAUAUCCCUGCAUUCCAUGUGCCAAUGGUUCAAUCGAAAUUCAUGAACGAGCUUUUGACCAUCUUAAAAAUCUGACAUUAUUGGAUCUUGCUGGGAAUUCUAUCUCUUUCAUCAAGGAAGCUUGGUUCAAGAACAUGAUGCACCUGCGGGAACUCUACCUUUCCUACAAUUUUCUGACAAAACAGAUCCAGAAUAAUGGAGCAUUUUUGAGUAACUUAGGGCUUCUGCAUAGACUUGAUCUCUCCUUUAAUUAUGAACUUAAAGAAUAUCCAGAAACUGUGCGCCUAGCAUCAGCCUUUUCCAAGUUAUCCAGUCUUCAGACGCUGCAUAUCCAAGGUUUGGUUUUCAGAAAAAUUCUAAAUGACUCUCUGUCACCUCUUUAUGGUUUGCAAAAUCUGUCCACAUUAGAUAUAGGAAUAAAUUUUAUUGUGGCUGUGGAUCCAGGUAUAUUUAAAAGGUUUCAUAAUUUAACACUCCUGUAUCUGUCAGAAAACCGGCUCUAUCCUAUCACUAACUCUGAGGUUCGAGAGCCAGUUAAUAACAUAAAGCCUCCACGCGUCAACCUACCUAGGCUGAUGGAUUCAAGUCCUAAAAGGGAGUUUGAACCUUAUAAGCCUGUCAGACCGAUUGUCAAACCGGAGUGCAAAGCUGCUGGCUGUGUGUUGGAUCUGAGCAAAAAUAAUCUGUUUUUCAUUUCCCCACAGCAAUUUGAGGGAUAUGAAAACAUUUCCUGUCUCAACCUUUCCAGAAAUGGCUUUGCAGCAGCAUUAAAUGGAACAGAAUUCACAUCACUGCCUAACCUGAAGUAUUUAGACUUGUCUUAUAAUAAGAUUGAUUUGGCCUUUGAUUACGCUUUUGAAGAGUUAAAGGAGUUGGAGGUACUUGACCUUAGCUUUAACUCACAUUAUUUCAUUGUGCGUGAAGUGACCCAUAAUUUGAAUUUCUUGAAGAAUUUGCCUAAGCUGAGAGUAUUAAAUAUGAGUGCCAACAGCAUUUUUACCUUAACAACCAAGUACAUGUGCAGCAACUCACUUGCCGAGCUCCAGUUCCAGCAGAAUCAACUCGGGAAGCUUUGGAAAGACACAAAGUAUGUGAGCCUUUUCUGGAAUUUAACUAAUCUGACACAUCUUGAUAUAUCGAACAAUGACAUCAAGAAGCUCCCUACAGAAGUUUACAAAUACUUGCCUGUCACAAUAAAAAGAUUCAGACUGAACCACAAUUCCCUGACGACUCUCAACUGGACUUUGAUGAAAGCCUUUACACAGCUUGAAGAGCUCAUUCUUGGCCACAACAGCUUGACAUAUGUCUCCAAAAACAUAACUCAAUAUAUCCCGUCCUUGCGUUUCCUCGACCUGAGCCAUAACAGGAUCUCUGAACUGGCUACGGGAUUUCUCGAAGGUGCUGUCCACCUUAAAAGACUGGAUCUGAGUUUUAAUAAAUUAAGCAUCAUUAAUCAGUCCACCUUCCCACCCAAGGACAAAAAUCAUUUGGAAGUUUUGUGGCUCCAUGAGAACCCAUAUCGUUGCACAUGUGACCUACUUGAAUUUAUCCUUUGGAUUUUUCAAAGUGAUGUGACAAUCCCCAGACUGGCCACUUUGGUGAAAUGCAGUGCCCCUGAAGGAAUCAGGGGUGUGAAUGUGACAUCCUUUGACAUUCAGCAAUGUGUUAAUGACAAGCUUUCCUUCCUGGCCUACUUCUUCUCCACUUUGCUCAUUCUAUGCACCACUUUUGUGGCAACAUUGAUGCACGUAUUCUACUGGGACUUUUCAUAUGUGUUUUACUAUGUGAAGGCCAAAUUCAAAGGGUACCAGUACUUGAGUUCUGGAGAUAAUGUCUACGAUGCCUUUGUUACCUAUGACACCAAAGACCCACAGGUCUCCGAGUGGGUCCUGAACCAACUCCUUGUUCAGCUGGAGGAACAAGGUGAUCACUUUCUUCCAGUCUGUUUGGAAGAACGUGACUGGCUGCCCGGCUGCCCCAUCCUGGACAGCCUGACCCAGAGCAUUCACCAGAGUCGCAAGACAGUCUUCAUCCUCACUCAUUCCUACGUGAACAGCGGCUCAUUCAAGAUGGCCAUGUACCUGGCGCACCAGCGUCUGCUGGAGGAAAGUGAGGACGUAAUCAUACUGCUAUUACUUGAGCCCGUGCUGCAGAACUCACAUUUCCUGCGCUUGCGGAGGCGACUCUGCAGCCACAGUGUCCUUGAGUGGCCCCGAAUGCCUGCUGCAGAGCCCUGGUUCUGGCAGUGUCUAAGAAAUGCAAUUCGGGUCGAGAACAAGGUCAUGUACAACAACAUCUACUCCAGAUACUUCACUAUCAAAAACAGACCCAGAGAGAAAGAAUAAACUACACAGCAUAUCAGUACUUCAGAUAUAUUUCAUAUAUUUCAACAAACACUGUAUUCUUUUCAUCAUCACCAUGAUUUUGUUGACUGGAGAAGGCAAACAUUAAAGUGGGAAAAUAUUGCAGUGCAAACUGUCUCAUAGCCAAUAUUUCCUUUUUCUAUUUCUUUUCUAAUUAAGAGUCAUAUUUGUGUUCAUAGAUUAUCAGGUGGUUGCUAGCAUAUUGUUUUCUGAUUUCUAAGGUGUUGAUAAGUGGUUGAUAUGUUAAGGUAUUAUAUUGUACAGUGGGUUGCUCAAAUAAAGUUGUUUAUAUAGCGCUUUUAACAACAGACAUUGUCGAAAAGGAGCUUUACAGAAAAUUAAAGACUUUAAACAUGAGCUAAUUGUAUCCCUUUUUAUCCCUGAUGAGCAAGCCUGUGCCAACGGUCAAAAGGAAAAACUCCCUCAGACUACACGAUGAAGAAACCUUAAGAGGAACCAGACUUAAAUGUUGCUAGUUGAUUGUUACAAUAUUACAUGGUAUUGCUAGGUGGUUGCUAUGCUCUCCCAGGUGGUUGCAAGGUGGUGCUGUCCUAACUGGUUCUUAUGGUGUUGCUAGGUAGUUGCUAGAGUGUUGCUGGAUGGUUGCUAUGCUAUCUCAAGUGGUUGCUAGAUUGUUGCUAGGUGGGCACCUUGAUAUUUCCAGGUGGUUGGUAAUGUGUUGCUAGGUGGUUACUGUGUUCCAUGGGGUUGCUAGGAUAUUGUGAGCUGGGUUGCUAUGGUAUUCCAAGUGGUUGCUAUGGUGUUUCUAGGAGGUUUCUGUAUGAUCCCAGCUGGUUGCCUGUGUAUUAUUUGCUUGCAAUCAAGUUCCAACUGGUUGUUCGUGUUUUUUAGUAUUUUUGUUUUUGUACCAUGCUGAACUGGAGGCUAUGAUCUUCCAUAGCUGGUUCACCAGAUUGCUUUUGAAACUCAAGCACAAAAUGAAAUGCACGGACUUCAGACAUGAAGUUUGUCUUGGCUGGACUACAUCUGAGAUUAGAAGAGCAUUGUGCUCAUUUUAUUUUGGCUGAAAUGUUCAUUUUAAAACCCUAUUCUCUCAGUAACAUGUUAUUUAUCUACUCUACACUAUCAGAAGGAAAGACACCGUACAGGUAUAAUUUUCUUUCCAAUUUAAUACACAGGGUGUAAAUGUAAUUUUGAAGGGAAACAGUGGUUGUGUUGUACUGAAUAAUGUAUAAAGGUGUCUGGGUUAUUUUAAUUUAAAGGGACAUAUGGGAACUUUUUAAUAGGUGUAUAAGAUAAUAUUGAUCCAUUAUUCAACUUCAUCGCAGAAUUACACACAGUAACUCUGACAGUAAGAUUCACGUAAAUGUUUUAGAAAGAAAUUCUGAUCACCCAGUGUUUCCUGUUUCACUGUGAGAAAUAUUGUAGAUGGUUUGUUUUGAAAUUUAAAAAAUGUUCUAUUGUUGCUUUUGUCUUUUGUAGUUAAUAAAAUUUCAGUCUUCAUUUACAUUAAA